AUGGGAUUUUUCCUCAUUCUAGCCAUUCACGCCUGCCUUCUUCUGACUAGCUCGACGUAUGCCAACACAGAGUUGAGCUUCACUCGACCGGAUGAUCACGAGGAGCUGAGUGUCAGGCCAGGCGAAGUUGCAUCUCGAAAUCCCGGACUUCGCCAGUCAGCUCUCGAUCUCGCCCUAGAGGCUGUAAAGCUAAGGCUAUCCGCUGAAGAUGCGACUAAGAUUGCAGCGAAGCUGACGAAAGCCAGUCAACACGCCAUGUUGAAAGCGAAUGCUGCAUUCCAUGAUUGGAGCCAAAUCAACGCACUUGGACGUUUGGAUAGAACCCUUUCCUCCGAAGGCAAUUCAGGCGAAAUGAGUCAUCUCAACAUCAAUGACCUUCUGGCAAAAAGAAAAAGCUUAGACGAGAAAAAAGAAAAAAUGGAGCCUACUAAAGAUAAGCAUUUGAAAAAAUCGGAAAAUAUAGCAGAGAUGAGAUCAACCUAUCAUCCCAAAUUUCCCAUCAAAGCUAUGGGAAUGUCAAUGGAUGAUAUCACUGCUUUCGAUGAGCAUCGUGAAACGAAGGAUUUUCUCCCAAAAUCGCAGCCAAAGAAUGAAUCAGGACAGCAUCACGGCAAGUUUGAGGAUAACGAAAAGUUGAAGGACAUGGAAAAUGAAAAGAUUCUGAAAGACAUAACUAAUUUGCAGAGGCAUAAGCUAAAUCAGAUUAUCAACCGUUUAAAGUUGAACGCUCUUCGCCAUUUGGAGUCAAAUCAGUACGGCGUGCCAAGAGACGCUUUUCGAAGGAAGCACUUGAUGGCUAAAGACGAACCAAAUGAACACAACAAUCUACCUUUUCUUUUUACGCCAGAUUCGUCCAGCAGAAAAUAUCCACUCGCUCAAUAUGAUAUGAUUAAACUGCCGUAUAGAGAGAGGUAUGAAGAUCUUCUUAUGAAUACAAAUGAUAAUACUGAUAAUGAUGAGGCUGAUUAUGACGAGGAGGGUGAAAUCUAUCAACCCCACAUAUUUUCAACUCCAUCGUGGAGGAGAUCUCACUCGACAAUGAAUUCGCGAAUUUAG